AUGGCCCCUACCGACUUGUACUCUCGUCUGAAGUCUUACCUCCCCCACGAGACAGAGGAGCAGCCCCCCAAGCCCGCCCUGAGCACCUAUGUCGCAGUAGCCUUGUUGGUUGUGUACACCCUCAUCUACGUGGUUCCAUUCUACCUCUCGUCGACAACCCGCCCCUCGCCCAACCUAUCCCGCGAUGCCCCCUCCGUUAUUCGAGGCCGCAUUACCUCCGUAACAACAUCCUGCAUUAUAUGCUCCGUCCUAACUUUCGUCAUCCUCGGCUCUAUCCCUGAGGAUGGCAACCCGAUCAAAUCCCUCCACGCCAUGGGGUGGUUCCCGGUUGGCUUCCUGGAGGCUAUCCAAGCGGUUGGGUUAACUGCAAUCCUUUUCCUGGGACCCCUUUUUGAGGCGGGGGUCAUUAUGGGGGGUUGGAGGGAUUGGAUACGUCUGCGGGGUCUGGGUGAAAUAACCCAUGGAUGGAUAGGCUAUCGGAACAUUGUUGCAGGCCCGGUGACCGAAGAAGUGCUAUUUCGAUCUUGCUCCGUUCCCCUCCUCAUUCUCGCGCAGACUUCGAACACAACCAUCAUCUUCCUCACACCUAUCGUCUUCGGCCUCGCGCACCUCCACCACUUCUACGAAUUCCGCAUCACCCAUCCCCAUACACCCGUGAUCGGAGCCAUCCUUCGGUCCCUAUUGCAAUUCACAUAUACAACGCUAUUCGGCGGAUAUGCUACCUUCUUGUAUCUGCGAACCGGGAGUCUCCUCGCCGUGAUCUUUGUACAUGCGUUCUGCAACUGGAUGGGCUUCCCACGCUUCUGGGGUAGACUGAGUGCCGGGGAGGAGACGGUGAUUGGCCCUGAUGUGGGAAAUGACAGGAGGGACGGAAAGGAUGCUGCGAGGACGACUACUGACGGAAGCCUGGGAUUGAUUUGGACAAUUGCUUAUUAUGUGCUCUUGGUUAUCGGUGCUGUGAGCUGGAAGCAGUUACUGUGGCGCUGGACGGAGAGUAAGUCAGCGUUGACGACGUUUUAA